AUAUUGUUUCAAAAACUUAUACAUAGUGUGGCAUCACUAAGCUUUUUUCGCCCAUUCGUUUCAAUAUCAUAAUUCCGUUACAACGAGAAUGUUGUAAUUUAGUUCAGUUUAUUUUCUAUUAUAAUAAAAUAUGGAUAGGAUACAAUUGACUCCGAGUCCUGCCUCUACCUACUGCUCUGUUAGAGCGAGUUCACAGCGUUCGCCGGUACGGAGAUCGCAGCGCCUGAUCGACAAAGAAAACCGAGAUCUGAAAAAGAUUCUACUCAAAAGCUCUUCUCCUCAGUUGUUCGGAAACUCUGAAGAUGACUACACUCAACUACUCUUGCAGCAGGAUAAGGUUUCGAAAGCUGUACAAUUAAAGUCUUCAGAUAAAGUUGUUCGCUUGAAAUAUUCAGAAGAAAACUUUCCCCUAAAACCUUCAAAUAAGGUCGACAGCUUAAUGCUUUCGAAUAAGAUUAUCUACCUAAAGAGAGAUAACGAAAGUAAAAAACUAGAUGAAGAUAAGAAUCAGGUUCAGAAAGCAGACUCUACAGAAACUGCACAGGCCAAACCGAAAAAACGAGGUCGAAAACCAAAGAAACCAGCUGCGGAAUUGCAGGCAAAACUUCAAUCAACCGAUCCUGGUUAUAAUUUAAAAAUUACACCUCCAUCAAAACUGCCUGUGCAAUAUCCAGCCCAUUUUGUUCACCAACUGCCGCCUGCAGUUGAUUCGACGUUUCUUCCCUUACGUCCGUUAUCUGCACCGAGUGCCGAACUUCGUGAUUUGAGUGCCAAAAGGGAGGAUAUUGAAAUUCCGGAGACUUAUUGUGGAAUUCAGAACAAGACACCAUCAGAAAUCGAUUCCGAUAUAUCCAUGAACUUUUCUCUUUCCGAUUCUAUUGGUGAGAUCUUCGGGACCAAGGACAUAAGCAGCAUACUGACGAUGCAGCGCCCACGGCAAUACAUUUUGAUUGAGGAACACUUGCCCGCCAUGGCGACCAUGUUGAACGUAGACCUAGAGCGACUGCGAAGUGUCAUGGAAAUCACUCAGGGCUUGUCUCAUGAGCAGAUCUUGGGUUUUUCGAUUAAGCAAGAAGUGGAAGAAAUAGAUGAUAAGUCGAAGUAAUUUCUU